AUGACGGGAGCCGCACGCCACGACACCAUCAACUUGGUUAUCGAUUCAUGGAAUACCUCCAAAGUUUUUCGUCAAGCAAAACUGCUUGCCGAUGAACGAUUAGAUGCGCUCCAGCUGUUUGAACUGCAUAUGGCAGUAACUGAGGAUCUCGCUCGUCAGCAUGCAGACGAGGUUGGUGAAUGGUCCCGGCUUUCUCGAUUGCCACAAAAAUCACGAACUGGAGAAUGGGAAAGUGCUUAUCAGCAUAGGUCUACUGCAGUAAUAACUAUCGAGGACGUUUUGUCAAGUAUGGUGGCUGAUGAACGAUUGAAAUCAGCCUCAAGAUCAACUGGCGAAGACGAGCCUCCCUCGGCAGCUCGAUGGAUUCAUGAUGGGAUUGAUAUUGAGCGACAGCAAAUGCUUAUUAUUGCGUUGCUUAAAAGUCAUCGUGAGCAUCCACUUCAAGAAACCUGGGACACAAUAACGCGGGUUCGUGAUACUCUGAAUACGGCACUGAGACAAUUUCGGGAACACCAACGUGCAAUUUACCCACGUCUACAACUCAGCGCUCUUGACAUUGAUGAACCAGAGUUGACCGAGAUUCAACUCCCGUCCUGGCGAAUCAAGCAUCACCAGCGCUUGGUUUCCAGCACUGAUCCGGAUGAUGUGGCAUUGCGGGCAGCUGAGAUCAAGCUCAGGUGCAGUCAAGCGGAGAAUGGCAUUCUGGCAGUACAGGCUGCUUCUUUGGCAUUGUCAGCAACGAAAAAGGCUCCAAAAGGCCAUCUUGUCAAGGAUCACGAGAUCAACACGCACAACCGAGCUCGAGAUGCGUUGGUGGACCUGGACCAUAUCAAGAAGGACUCAGAUCAACCAUUUCCGACUCUCAGCCGACGUGAUACGCGGCGCAAGGAGACACAUCUCCAUCGUGCAAAAGGAGACUCACGUCUUUUUGAUGGUACUGCUUGGUAUCUACAAAGCGGAACCAAGAUUGCCUCAAAAUCAAUUUCUUCAUUACUUCAGCCGCUUUCAGAUGGAGCUAGUGACUCUGAGGAUGAGCCACAGCUACUCACAGGGACCAAGACACUCAAACGAUCUGGUCCUCAGAAAUCACCUCGCCCUGCCAAACGUGUCAAAGACAUCCUACCCAACACCAGUGAUGAGGAUGAAGCAGCAGAGAAUGGCACUACAAAUUCACCUGGGCCACCACAGGGAAGAACACCAAAAAGGUUACACAAGAACAAGUCACCUAUGAAAAAGGCAACCAAAAGUGAUGGUUGGAUCUGGAUGGAUAGUUGGACAAAGGGUCAUAUCUCCAAUGACUCUAAAGUUGCUGAAUAUAAACAAGAAGCGGAUCGUGUACAGUACCUGCGUGCUGAAGCUGAGAUGUACCGCUGGCUAGAGCAGUAUGAAAGGAAGCAUGCUGAGCUCUGGCGGGUCAUUGAGCGCUUUGGGCAUGAUGCUACUGUGUGGGAGGGCCUUGCAAACCGUGCAGAGGCACAGAAUGGUGUGGCAUCAGGGGCUGUAACUUUUGCCCGAAUGCAGGCUGCCAUGUCCAAAAGGCUGCAACACAAUGCUAGGGAGCAGGGAUGGGCUGCGACGGUCGAUUUGGCGUGGCUUGAGGUGCGUGUUGUGCAUUCAGUCUCUAUUUCGCUGAUCUACUCCCCCAGUAAUCCCUCACUUUUCGCUGGCGAGUCUGACACCCAGGGUGGCGGCCUCUACUGGGCGGAAACAAGCGGCGUGAAAUCAGCCGCGGACGGCCCGGAUGGCAAGCAGCAGGGCACAACCAGGCGGGGACAAGGUCUACUGCCCCCACCGACGGCGCUCCGCCUUCCGCAGACACCACCGGCCCGUUCGCCGGCGCUGCAAUCGAUUCCCAUUCCACUCCUCUCCACCUGCCCCCCAUGUCCUCUCCAGUCCCCGUCUUCGACGCAAAAGCGAUGCCCUUCCGCCCGGUUGGGCCCCAGCGGUCUGCGCGUGCCGCUCUUCUCUCUCGGCGGCUGGCUCACCCUCGGAGGCUCCGUCGUCGGCGAGAGCGUCAAGGACAUCAUGCAGGCCGCCGCCGAGAAUGGGAUCAACAUGUUCGACACCGCGGAGGACUACCAGAAAGGUGCGGCUGAGCGCGAAAUGGGACACGCUAUCAAAGAACUUGGCUGGCGCCGCACGGACCUCGUCAUCUCAACCAAGAUAUUCUGGAGCCACGAGCCAGGCACGGGCCCGAGCGACACGGGGCUGUCGCACAAACACGUUAUCGAGGGGCACGAAGGCUUGUUUGCGACGGCUCCAGAUGGACUAUGUCGGCGUCAUCUUCGCGCAUCGUUGCGAUACCACCGGUGGGUUUCUUACAUUCGCCAUAAGGAGGUCAACUGGCGCAGGCUAGUUCCGAUGGAGGAGAUCGUCCGCGCAUUUAACUAUGUUAUCGACCAGGGCUGGUGGAGCGCGCACCAGAUCGAGGAGGCGCAUCAUGUUGCCACGCGCUUAAACCUCAUCGCGCCGAUCGCAGAGCAGUGCAAGCACAACAUGUUCCACCGCGAACGUCCGGAGAAGGAAUACGGCCCCUUUGUACGCCAAAUGCGGCCUGGGCACAACCGCAUUCUCUGCACUGCAGGGCGGACUGCUGACGGGAAGUACAACGCCGGCAUCCCAGACGGCACGCGCUUCGCCACCGUGCCCAUGUUCCUGGGGGCGACGGAGGGUCCCCAGGGCGAAGAGCUGCUUUGGAAAGUGCGUCUCCUCAGCCAAAUUGCUGCGGUCAUCCUCGGCGUGUCCUCCGUCGCACAGCUCGAGGCGAACCUCGGCGCGCUUGAGGUCCUGCCCAAGCUGGAUGCUGCGGUGUUGGCGCGGAUCGAGGCUGUGUUGGGUAACCACCCGCAGGAGCCGGAGACGUAUGGUCGCCCGCCGCUGGAUCAGGGCAUCCUUUGA